CCGGCCCCGCUCCGCCGCGCGUGCAGCCCGGCGCCCGGCGCGCUUCAGGCCGCCCUGAUGAGCCCGCCGCCCGCCGCCACCCUGGAGACCGCGUCCUCCUCGUCGUCGUCAUCCUCUGCCUCCUGUGCCUCGUCCUCCUCCAACUCCAUCAGCGCUUCGGCGGGCGCCUGCAAGAGCGCGGCAGGCAGCGGCGGGACGGGAGCCGGUAGCGGGAGCACCAAGAAGGCGACCUCGGGGCUGCGGCGGCCCGAGAAGCCGCCCUACUCGUACAUCGCGCUCAUCGUCAUGGCCAUCCAGAGCUCGCCCAGCAAGCGCCUGACGCUCAGCGAGAUCUAUCAGUUCCUGCAGGCGCGCUUCCCCUUCUUCCGAGGCGCCUACCAGGGCUGGAAGAACUCCGUGCGCCACAACCUCUCGCUCAACGAGUGCUUCAUCAAGCUCCCCAAGGGCCUCGGGCGGCCGGGCAAAGGCCACUACUGGACCAUCGACCCGGCCAGCGAGUUCAUGUUCGAGGAGGGCUCGUUCCGCCGGCGGCCGCGCGGCUUCAGGCGGAAGUGCCAGGCGCUCAAGCCCAUGUAUCAUCGCGUGGUGAGCGGCUUGGGCUUUGGGGCCUCGCUGCUGCCCCAGGGCUUCGACUUCCAAGCUCCCCCGUCGGCGCCUCUGGGCUGCCAUGGCCAAGGCGGCUACGGUGGUCUCGACAUGAUGCCCGCAGGCUACGAUGCGGGCGCGGGUGCCCCGGGCCACGCGCAUCCACACCACCUCCACCACCACCACGUCCCGCACAUGUCGCCCAACCCGGGCUCCACCUACAUGGCCAGCUGCCCGGUGCCCGCAGGUCCCGGGGGCGUCGGUGCGGCAGCGGGAGGCGGCGGUGGUGGCGGGGACUACGGGCCGGACAGCAGCAGCAGCCCAGUGCCCUCCUCCCCGGCCAUGGCGAGCGCCAUCGAGUGUCACUCGCCCUACACCAGCCCUGCAGCACAUUGGAGCUCUCCGGGAGCUUCCCCUUACCUCAAGCAGCCGCCCGCCCUGACGCCUAGCAGCAACCCCGCGGCCUCUGCAGGCCUGCACUCCAGCAUGUCCUCCUAUUCGCUGGAGCAGAGCUACUUGCACCAGAACGCUCGAGAGGAUCUCUCAGUGGGAUUGCCCCGUUACCAGCAUCACUCUACUCCAGUGUGUGACAGAAAAGAUUUCGUCCUCAAUUUCAAUGGCAUUUCUUCUUUCCAUCCCUCGGCUAGCGGAUCUUAUUAUCACCACCACCACCAGAGCAUGUGCCAGGAUAUUAAGCCCUGUGUUAUGUGAAUGGACAGAGGCCUUGAAGGCUCUUCUCCCCUCUUCUUCAGCUUCUCCCCUCCCUUCUGAGAGGGGCAGCUAGGAACUUCAAUGGACUCACAUACUGUGCAUGCAGAUAGCAGUAAGUAGCACACCCGUCACUUAGACAAAUGCCCAGGGGAGCCCUGCUCACCGAUAUUUUCCUACCCUGGAAGAGGAAACCUUCGACCAGGCAAUACCCCCAGAGGAGGGAGAGAGAGGGGAAGUGAUGGUAAAGGUUACUAGAUGUAAAACAUAAACUUGCAAUUCUGGGGUGAUCAUUUCGUUCACUAAUCAGGGUCUGAAAAAGCAGACUCUGUGUGUGUGUGUGUGUGUGUGUGUGUGUGUGUGUGUGUUUCUCAGUCUAUGAAAGUGUGU